UGACAAGCUGGCUAACAAAUAAUAUUAAAGUGCUUGCCAGACAAAAAAUUGUUAGUUGUAUUGCCUUUUCUCUUUGCCUUUCUUUCAUUAACUUAUGUAUUGUAUAUAUCAACAAAUUGCUACGUUUUUUGGCUAAGAGUGUGGGAAACUAUGGCCAGCCAUCAUGCAGACAUAUCGCCGGGCAAGCGCGCCGUCUUCCAAGUGAUGGCCGGCGGCUCUGCUGGAUUUCUGGAAGUUUGCAUUAUGCAGCCGCUGGACGUGGUCAAGACGCGCAUGCAGAUUCAGGCGCAGCCCACAGCGUCAGUCAGUGAGCUGCAUUACAAUGGCGUCUUCGACUGUUUCGCCAAGAUGUAUCGCCAUGAGGGACUCGGCUCCUACUGGAAGGGCCUGCUGCCGCCUGUGCUGGCCGAAACACCAAAGCGCGCCAUAAAGUUUCUGGUCUUCGAGCAGACAAAGCAAUUGUUUCAGUUUGGCUCGCCCACGCCCACACCCUUGACUUUCUCGCUGGCUGGCUUGACAGCUGGUCUGCUGGAGGCGGUGGCUGUGAAUCCUUUUGAGGUUGUUAAGGUGGCGCAGCAGGCGGAUCGGCAAAAGAAAAUGGUUAGCACCUUCGAGGUGGCGCGAGAGAUUGUCAAGCGCGAUGGCUUUGGACUGCGUGGCCUCAACAAGGGCGUGACCGCUACAAUGGGACGCAAUGGCGUCUUUAACAUGGUCUACUUUGGCUUCUAUCACAGCGUCAAGAAUGUGGUGCCCGAGUCCAAUGACAACACGCUGGAGUUCUUGCGCAAGGUGGCCAUUGGCUUUACGGCCGGCACGCUGGCCUGCUUCGUUAACAUACCGUUCGACGUGGCCAAGUCGCGUAUACAGGGACCACAGCCGGUGGCAAAUCAAAUUAAAUAUCGCGGCACCCUCAGUGCUAUACGCAUUGUGUACGCAGAGGAGGGAUUCCGAGCUCUCUACAAGGGUCUGGUGCCCAAGAUAAUGCGCCUGGGUCCGGGCGGUGCCAUUAUGCUCCUAGUCUUUGACUAUGCCUACGAUUAUCUGUUAACUCAUCAUGCAUAAAACGUAGCCUACACAAUUUUAGCUAUUAAACGUAAUUUCCUUCUUUUUUUGUACAUUGAA